AUGCCGGCAGGUUUGGAGGAAUUAUUCUUUGAGCCUGUUGGAGAGGAGAGGACGUCAAAGUGGAAUCAGGUUGGGCCAAACCAAGGCUCCUACAUACAAAUUGAAACAUUUCAGAAUGUGGGUCCCGGCGCAGGAAAUUUCGACAGAGGUGCGGGUGGAGAUUUUUGCCGUGUACCCGAAGGCUUUGGUACUUAUAGGCAAAUCCAAACGUACCAGCAUGUUGGGCCGGGCCUUGGCAACUACGACAAGGAAGACGUGACGUCCUACACAGGCUGGAAGCUGCGAAGCUGCUGCUUGGUUUUUCUUCUGCUUUCGUUGGUCCUUCUUGUGGCAAUGGUGGCUUAUCUUCUCAGGAGGAGUACCGGCUCACCCGUCCGUGACACGGGUAGUUAUGAUGAUUUUGAUUGCAAUACAGGUUAUGCCGAAUGGCAAACCAGGUGGAGUGACUCGAAAAAGAAUUACUGUUGCAGAAGCAUCGGAGUGGCAUGUGGCCAGUUGUACGAUUGUGACGCAGGCUAUUCUCAGUGGCAGAGCAUGUGGUCUCCUGAAAAGAAGGAGUUCUGCUGUGCUCGAUCUGGCCGUGGUUGUGGCAGUAGACCUGCUGAGCCCUAUGAUUGCCAAGUUGGGCUUGAGAAUUGGCAGUCGGCUUGGACACAGGGAAAGCGGCUUUGGUGUUGUAGCACUCAGGAAAUUGGCUGUACAAACUUUCGACUGAGCUUUAAUUGUGAGACCGGUUUUGAUCGAUGGGAGACGGACUGGUCUUGGGGAAAGAAGCACUGGUGCUGUACUCACGCUGGCCGGGGCUGUGCAAGUCAAAACAUACUCUACGACUGCCAGGCAGGCCUUUCAAAGUGGAGGUCAGGCUGGUCUCAUGCGAAGAAGUCAUGGUGCUGUGAGCAAGAACAGCUCGGCUGUCCAUCUUUCCCUUCAGAGCCUUUCGAUUGCCAAGCCGGCUCUUCAAACUGGCAGCGUGGCUGGUCGGAGCCCAAGAAGCAGUACUGCUGCACCUCUUAUUCGCUGGGAUGCCCGACUUCCACAACCACUCACUCUCCAUCUAUGCCUUUUGAUUGCUCGGCAGGAUUCAGUAGAUGGCAGCAUGGUUGGUCUGAGGCAAAGAAACAGUGGUGCUGCAAGCAUGACCAGAAAGGCUGUGAUCAAAGCACAACGACAGAAACAUCAUCAUCUCACACUUCCCCGUCAACGUCCCCGUCAACGUCCCCGUCAACGUCCCCGUCAACGUCCGCAUCAACGACACCUCCGCCACCUCUAUUCAACUGCCGCGCAGGAAAAACAAAUCUGGAUGCUGGAUGGUCCUCGAAGAAGAAGGACUGGUGCUGCACCCACGAGCACCUGGGUUGUCCUGUGUCAUUUGAUUGCGAAGCUGGUCUUUCGAACUUCCAUGCGGCAUGGUCCGACAGAAAGAAGUCAUGGUGCUGCCAUCACGAGGGCAAAGGAUGCAUGGGCCCUCGUCCACCGCAUCUACCAGCCAGACAUGGCUACGGCUGGCAGCGUGCCGAGGUGCAUGGCUACUGGACCUGGGUCGAGUCACCUCUGCAUGUACAUCACCAUCACCAGACUGAGCAGUACAACUGCCACGCUGGUUUCCACAACUUUGUUACUGCCUGGACGAGUGCAAAGCAGGAUUGGUGCUGUGCCCACCAAGGCAUCUCAUGCACUGGCCCCAACCCGCCAGCUGUGCAUCUCCACUCCGGCAACUCGUGGGUCCAUGUGAAAACUGAUGGUGUUUGGACAUGGAGGCAGGUACCUCGAACAGAGGACACUCCGUUUGUAGUUGAUUGCAGCACAGGUUUGGAUCGAGCAGCCAGCUGGGCGGCAAAGAGGAAGAGCUACUGCUGCACACAUGAAGGCAAAGCGUGCAACUCGUCGUGA